AUGACUGCGGUGGACGAGCGAUCAGUUCGUAAUGGUGCUUGGUGGACUUUCUGCGCAGGGAGCUUUACAUGCUUCCUCACCGGACUCACCUACACCUUCGGCGUAUGGAGUCCUGUGGUGAAGAGGGCUUACAAUUACUCGCAGGCUGAGCUGGACACGCUGGCGCUGGCAAAGGACCUCGGCAAUUUCAUCUGCAUGGAUGCAGGUCUCGUGACCAACCGCUACGGAGCGCACGUCUCGGUGGCUGGCGGCUCACUCGUGCUGACUCUGUCGUGCAUUGCCAUCUACCUUGCCAUCGGCAGUGGAAGUGUGCCAUUUCCUUGCAUGAUCAUCCUCUUCGGCCUUUUCGGCCACAGCAUGGGAUACUGCGACAAUGCGGGAAUCUCGACCAGCGUCAAGAAUUUCCCGGAACACAAAGGCAGCGCGGUGGGCCUGAUGAAGGCGAUGGAAGGACUGACUGCAGCCGUUGUCGGCACAGUCUUCUACAGUAUCUCCUCGGACGAAGACCUUGAAGCGUUUCCCCUCUGCAUGGCUUUCUUGGCCUUGGGCGUGGGGGUCUGCAGCGCACCUGCCAUUGCCUUCACCAACAGCCUCGCCAAGGAAGAUGCCAACACCGUGUCCAAGAAGUUCUCUUGUUUGACAGUGGCGCUGCUGGCGUACACUGCCCUUUGUGCAGUGGUUGCGUAUAACAAAGCGCAUACGCUGCCGGUGGCUUUGGUUGUUGCCCUGCUGCCGUGUGGCCUCUUCCUUCUUGCUUGCCGCGGCCGCGAUGCUGAGUCCACUGGCAAUGCUGUGACAAAUAUCGAACGACCAAAUGUGUCCGCAUGCGAGAUGCUCCACUCCGUGGACUUCUACCUCCUGUACUUCACUUUCGUCUCGCUCCAGGGUUCGGGCAUCAUGUUUUCCAACAACUUUGGUCAGAUCGUUAAAUCUGUUUCUGGCAACCCCGCAGCCUCCAGCGGCAUUUAUGUGUCGAUUUUCUCGAUUUUCAACACCUUCGGGCGCAUCUUCAUAGGGUUCGGCUCCGAGUCCUUGAAAGGGACCUUGAACCGACCUUGGUUCCUCGUCGGCUCUUCCGCCCUCAUGUCGCUGGGCCUGGCGGUUCUGGAGAUGGGUGAGGAUUUGCUGGGUUUCAGCGCUGGGGCCGUAGGCUUUGCUCUCGGCGGCACCUUUGCGCUGCAAGCGGUGGUGACAGAGGAGAUCUUCGGUCCAGAGGAGAUGCCGGUGAAAUACAGCUACUCUUUCACUGCAGCAUCUGUGGGCUCCUUGCUGUUGAGUGAUCUUCUUGCUGGCGUGCUCUACGAUGCAGAAGCCCGGCGCCAAGGUGAGUCGAUCUGCCUUGGCGGCAGCUGCUUCGGCGUCACGUUUGUGGUGACUUCGCUUUGCUGCGCGGUUGCAGCCCUGUCCGUUGCGACUGUGGCCAUCCGUAUGCCCAGCUCCGAUUGCGGCGGCCUCUCCUUGCUGGCACGGAAGCUGCUCUUCUUUGAGGCCCAGGCCUCCUCCCCGCAGCAUCCCUCCGACGUGCAUACUCAUAGGCGAGCGUCCACAGCGGAUGACACCGUGGUGCGCAGAGUAAAGAGGUUGGAUGCCCCGAUAGCAGUGCAGCAGCAUCUGGUCGUCUUGAUGGCGCAGGAGUUCUGUGGGCAGUUCCCGUCUUUAAUGCGAUGGGACUCGAGAGUGGCGCUUGCAGGCAUGGCCCUUCUCUUCGAAACGCCAAAGAAUUUUCGACCUCCCCAGAGUUUCGCUCGGGAGCGACGUGAGGAGCCUCUCCACGGCGGCCUGCUAAAAUGUCUGACGGUGGAGCUGAUCGCGGCACCGACCACCUACCAGCAGUGCUGCAAUGACUUUGUGUACAGCGACACCACGGCCCCUCGACGCGUUCUCACGAAGCUGUCCAAAGGUGUGUACAAUGGAAACUAUGACAAUGCCGAGCACGACUACAUUUGCCGAGUCGGCGAUAAGAUCCUGAACCCGGACGGCCAUGCCUACGAAAUCCUUGAGCGGCUGGGGCAUGGCACCUUUGGCCAGGUCUUGAAAAUCCACCACUCGACUUCCAACAGUCACGUGGCUUUAAAGAUCAUCAAGAACAAACCUGCCUACUUCCAUCAGGCGCUGGUGGAGGUGCGCAUUCUGCAAAUGCUGAAUCAGGAGUUUGACCCUGAUGACGACAAGCGGAUCGUCAGGAUGCUGGAUUUCUUCGUAUACAGAAAGCAUCUGUGCAUUGCAUUCGAAUUACUCAGUGUGAACCUCUACGAGGUUCUGAAGCAGAAUUCAUUCCGUGGUGUGUCCAUGGCCUUGAUCCGUGUGCUCACAGAUCAGCUUCUCAAGGCGUUGCGCUGCCUGCGCGAGGCCUCCGUCAUCCACUGUGACCUGAAGCCUGAGAAUGUCCUUCUCAGCUGGCAUCUUACUGGAGAACCACGACAAACGAGCUUGCUUGUAUCUGGUGCUAGCAGAAGUACUCGAAGAGCGCUGGAACAGGCAACAUUCAUCACACGCGCAUCAAACUCAUCGACUUUGGAUCGGCUUGCUUUGAAAGCCAUACGGCGUGACGCCCAGCUCAAGCACAGAUGCAGUGGCAAGUAG